UUGUACCGGAUCUUUUAAAACACAAAGACAAAUCGAGCAAAGAAAUCCUUCGUCAAAGGUCGAUUUGAAACGAUCUGUGUCGUAACCACAAGCCAUAUUUUUCUUCAGAUGUCACAUCACAAAAUACAGCCUCGUCUUGUUGUUUAGCUAAUUUUCAAAGCAAAACUUUCCACGUCUUUCUUCCCAAACAGAAAAUAGAAACGAUACUAAAACGCUCACAGGAUGUGUACUGUAUAUAGUCCUUCCAGGAACAUUCACAUUAGUCCGAAAUACGUCUCGUGACUUGAGGUCGUAACCUCUAGGGCUGCGACCGGAUAGCCGCUCCUGUGGUAAAAUUUUGUCCUCCUCUGAUAAUUAUUUUAAGAAGAAGUGAAUCAUUGUUAUGCCGUCAAUAUAAAAAAAAAUCAUCUUGCUCAUCUAAAUUGUCCAUCAUCAUUAUUCAUUAAUGCCACAGAAUUCUGCAACAGAAUGUUCUGCAGUAACUUUGUCUCGACCCCCAUUGAAUGCCCAAAUUUUUGUUGGCCCCCUUCCUGAAAAUCCUGGAUACUCCUCUGGUCGAGCCCACGAUAACUUACCAACAGUAAGCAAAACAAUGCUUUCUGCAGAAGUCAAAUUAUGGCCUAAGGUUAAAGGAAAUCGUAAGGAAUUUGGGUACAUAAUUUAGGGAAUUCUGAAAGUAUAUAUAAGGUACUCCCUUUGCACCUAUAUUGCAAAUUGAAGAAGUAUGUCGGAUGAAUUUAUUGGUACAGAUGUAACUAAAACUUCAGGGGACCAGAGCUCCCAGAGGGUGAAUUCAAGAUUUGGAUUGGUAGCUCUUGGUGUUACGGGUACUAUUGUUGCUGGUCUUUUUGUUGGUACAUUACCAUUCCUAACUCCUGCACUCCGACGGAUAUGUCUUCCCUAUGUUCCUGCAACCAACACCCAGAUCCAAAAUAUUCUCCAAAUGUGCAAGGGAAGGUCAGGACUCUUAGUUGAUCUUGGCAGUGGUGAUGGAAGAGUGGUGAUGGCAGCUGCACAAGCUGGAUAUCAAUCAGUAGGAUAUGAACUGAAUCUUUGGUUGGUGUUAUAUUCCAAAUUAAUGGCUAGACUCAGAGGACUUCACCAUAAAGCAUCAUUUUUCAGAGCAGAUCUUUGGAAGACAAAUCUAAAAGAUUUUGAUACUAUUGUUAUUUUUGGAGUUGAUGAAAUGAUGCCCAAGCUACAAGAAAAAUUUUCUGAUGAAAUGAAGUGUGAUGCAAAAGUAUUGGCAUGUCGUUUUCCAUUGCCUGACUGGCAACCUGAAGCUGUUAUUUGUGCUGGAAUUGACACCGUAUGGCGCUACAGGAAGCGCUCUGCAAAACAUUGAAAUAAGUGUUUAGAGAAAAUUUGAUGAAACUAACAUUCUAUUACAAUAAUCUUCCAAAAAAAUGAAGGCACUGACUGUGGGUACCGUAUACCGAUGGCAGACCGCCGAGUUCAAUUUUUCGUGGAACGCACCUGCCACCAGUCGUCUAUCUGCUCGUAUGGAAUCAUUUUGUACACUACAGUAUAAGAAAGUUCACCACAUUUUGUUUCACUUUUUAAGACAAAUCAAAUUAAUCAAUAGAAAGGCAUCCUGUGCUUCGGUCCAGUGAGCUACAGAGCUCACUGCUUCGGUCAGCAAUCACUAUUAUACGCUAUAUGUUGACGAGUGAAGUUCACUAUACUGAAGUUCAAUAAGGGGUAUUGCCUGGCACUUGGAAUC